AUGGUAUUUUUCGGAGCAAAUGGUAUUUUACCGUGUUGCCACCACGGCCACACUUAAAUCUAGCGCGUCACUUGAUUUAAAAAAAUUGCAAACCAAACGUAAAUUUCAGCAUAAAACUAGCCCGAAUUGUGAUAAAAAGCGAGGAACGCAGGCCGAAAAGCGUCAGCAGUGUUUGCCCAUUGAUAUUGCGUGCCGGGCCAGUUGCGACAGCGAAUCCGCCGCAGCCGCCCUCACCGGUCCAAAAAAGAGACGCCAAAUUCCGCAGCGCGCACUUCGCACUCCCUUUGCAUCGGAAUUUACCUGGAAUUCGGAGCAGCGGCCACGAUGAGCAAGGACAUUUACUACUCCGACAAGUACUACGAUGAGCAGUUCGAGUACAGACAUGUGGUUUUGCCCAAGGAGCUGGUCAAAAUGGUGCCCAAGACCCAUCUGAUGACGGAGGCCGAGUGGCGAUCCAUCGGCGUGCAGCAGUCGCGCGGCUGGAUCCACUACAUGAUCCACAAGCCGGAGCCCCACAUCCUCCUGUUUCGGCGGCCCAAAACGGAUUAGCCAACAACAAAUGCAUCACACACACAUACUUCUCUACCUAUAGCCUGUAGCACA